GGAGGCGCAGGCAACUCGCUGGGUGAAGGAAAAGAUGCCUGCGACACGGAAGCCGAUGAGAUACGGACAUACAGAGGGACACACAGAUGUCUGUUUUGAUGAUUCUGGGAGAUUUACCUGUGUGUUAAAGUGAGAACUCUAUUCAUUGCACUUGGUACACAACUGAACAUGGUUAUGACAGAAGCUGGAAGUGCAAAGAAGAGUUGUAUUGUGACUUGUGGAAGUGAUGGUGAUGUGAGGAUUUGGGAAGACUUGGAUGAUGAUGAUCCUAAGUCCAUUAAUGUUGGAGAAAAGGCAUAUUCAUGUGCUUUGAAGAGUGGAAAGUUGGUCACUGCAGUAUCCAACAAUACUAUUCAAGUCCAUACAUUUCCUGAAGGAGAUCCAGAUGGUAUAUUGACACGCUUCACUACGAAUGCAAACCAUGUGGUCUUUAAUAGUGAUGGUACAAAAAUUGCUGCUGGGUCUGGUGACUUUCUAGUCAAAGUUGUAGAUGUGAUGGAUUGCAGCCAGCAGAAAACAUUUCGAGGACAUGAAGCCCCUGUGUUAAGUCUUUCCUUUGAUCCUAAGGACGUCUUUCUGGCAUCAGCUAGUUGUGAUGGAUCUGUCAGAGUGUGGCAAAUUUCAGAUCAGACAUGUGCUAUUAGUUGGCCACUGCUACAAAAGUCCAAUGAUGUGAUAAAUGCAAAAUCAAUCUGCAGACUUGCUUGGCAGCCAAAAAGUGGGAAGUUACUAGCAGUUCCUGUGGAAAAAUUGGUUAAGCUAUAUAGAAGAGAAACUUGGGGUAAUCAGUUUGAUCUUUCAGAUAAUUCCAUCUCUCAGACCCUCAAUAUAGUUACCUGGUCUCCUUGUGGGCAAUAUUUAGCUGCAGGGAGUAUUGAUGGUUUGAUUAUAGUUUGGAAUGUGGAAACUAAAGAUUGCAUGGAAAGGGUAAAACAUGAGAAAGGUUAUGCAAUUUGUGGCCUGGCCUGGCAUCCUACUUGUGGUCGAAUAGCAUAUACUGAUGCAGAAGGAAAUCUCGGGCUCCUGGAGAAUGUCUGUAACCCCGAUGGAAAGACCCCGAGCAGUAAGGUAUCUAGCAGAGUGGAAAAGGAUUACAAUGAUCUUUUUGAUGGAGAUGAUACAAGUAAUGCUGUUGAUCUAAAUGACGAUCCAGGUGAAGGCCCUUCUUUUUCAAGAGGAAUUAUGAAUGAUGAUGAGGAUGAUGACAUCAUGCUGGCUUCAGGUCGUCCAAGACAGCGAAGCCACUUCCUAGAAGAUGAUGAAAACUCAGUUGAUUUAACAAUGCUGAAAACUGGUUCUAGCCUUCUCAAAGAGAAGGAGGAAGAUGAUCAAGCAGACAGCAUUUACAAUUUACCGCUUGCAACGUCCCAGAGGCCAUCUUAUGAUGGGCCUAUGCCUACUCCCCGGCAAAAGCCAUUUCAGUCAGGUUCCACACCCUUGCAUCUCACUCACAGAUUCAUGGUGUGGAACUCUAUUGGAAUCAUUCGCUGCUAUAAUGAUGAGCAAGACAAUGCCAUAGAUGUGGAGUUCCAUGAUACCUCCAUAUACCAUGCGACGCACUUAUCAAACACUUUGAAUUAUACAAUAGCAGAUCUUUCCCAUGAAGCUGUUUUGUUCGCAUGUGAAAGCACUGAUGAACUAGCAAGCAAGCUUCACUGCCUACACUUUAGUUCUUGGGAUUCAAGCAAAGAGUGGGUAGUAGACAUGCCUCAGAAUGAAGACAUUGAAGCCAUAUGUCUUGGUCAGGGAUGGGCUGCUGCUGCCACUAGUACCUUGCUCCUUCGAUUGUUUUCUAUUGGAGGUGUUCAGAAAGAGAUCUUCAGUCUUCCUGGGCCUGUGGUGUCAAUGGCAGGACAUGGAGAACAGCUUUUCAUUGUUUAUCACAGAGGAACGGGAUUUGAUGGGGAUCAGUGCCUUGGAGUUUAUCUGCUAGAACUGGGGAAAAAGAAAAAACAAAUUUUGCGUGGUGAUCCUCUUCCUCUUACAAGGAAAUCCUACCUUGUGUGGGUUGGAUUUUCAGCUGAAGGUACCCCCUGUUUUGUGGAUUCAGAAGGCAUUGUUCGAAUGCUAAACAGAGGACUUGGUAAUAUAUGGACUCCCGUAUGUAAUACAAAAGAACACUGCAAAGGAAAAUCUGAUCACUACUGGGUGGUUGGUAUCCAUGAAAAUCCCCAGCAACUGAGGUGCAUUCCUUGUAAAGGCUCUCGGUUUCCUCCCACCCUUCCGCGCCCCGCUGUAGCUAUAUUAUCCUUUAAGCUUCCUUACUGUCAGAUUGCAACAGAGAAGGGACAGAUGGAGGAACAGUUUUGGCGUUCAGUCAUGUUUCACAACCACCUUGAUUAUUUAGCUAAAAAUGGUUAUGAAUAUGAAGAGAGCACUAAAAAUCAAGCAAUGAGAGAACAAUAUGAACUUUUAUUGAAAAUGUUUGCACUUUCCUGUAAACUGGAGCGGGAAUUUCGUUGUGUGGAACUUGCAGAUCUGAUGGCUCAACAUGUUGUGAAUUUAGCCAUUAAAUAUGCUACUCGUUCUGGGAAACUAAUGUUGGCCCAAAGACUUAGUGAACUGGCUGCAGAGAAGGCAGCAGAAUUGGCAGCAACCCAGGAAGAAGAGGAGGAAGAGGAAGAAGAUGAUUUCAGACAAAAGCUGAAUGCUGGUUACAGUAAGACUCCUACAGAGUGGAGCCGGUCAAGGCUCAGAAAUGAGGUUGAAGAAGCCGCGGAAGACACUGGAGAAGUAGAUGAUAUUGAAGAACCUGAUGAUACAGAAGAAAAAUCAGAAAUACCUAAGCAGGGACAGAACCCAUUUUCCAAAAGUGCAAAUUCCUCUGAUGUGCCAUUUGUUAAGCCAGGUGCAGCUACCUCUGGCAGCCAAGGACGAGUAAACCCCUUCAAGGUAUCGGCCAGUUCCAAAGAGCCAGCCAUUUCAGUGAGUUCAGGACGUUCUGCUAACAUUUUAGACAGUAUGAACAAAUCAUACAAGAAAUCUCCUGCACUUAAUCGAGCUACAAAUAAUGAAAAGUCUCCAGUAAUAAAGCCUCUCGUUCCAAAGCCAAAGUCUAAGCAGGCAUCUGCAGCAUCCUAUUUCCAGAAAAGAACUUCCGAAGCUGAUAAGACUGAGGAAGUGAAAGAAGAAAGCCCUGGAAAUUCAUUAUCUGAAACUCCAGCCACAUGUCCUCAAAACACUGAAAACCAAAGGCCAAAGACUGGGUUCCAGAUGUGGCUGGAAGAAAACAGAAGUAGUAUUUUGUCUGACAAUCCUGACUUCUCAGAUGAAGCAGACAUAAUAAAAGAAGGAAUGCUUCGAUUUAGAGUAUUGUCCGCUGAAGAAAGGAAGGCAUGGGCCACCAAGGCCAAAGGAGGGACUGCAAGUGAUGGAACUGAAGCAAAGAAGCGGAAACACGAAGAUAAUGAAAAUCAAGAAACUGAACACCAGGAAAAAAAAGCAAAGGAGAAUCUGAAUUUGCCUAAAAAGCAGAAACCUUUAGAUCUUUCUACAAAUCAGAAACUGUCAGCUUUUGCAUUUAAGCAGGAAUAGAGUAAGGAAGUAGCCUUAGGAAACUAAUGGCUUUUUUUUUUUUAACUGUCUUUGAUGAAUCUGGACUUUUAAAAAAAUCUUUAGAAAACACUAUAUAUUUUUUAAAAGAGUUUAAAGACAGUUGUUUGUCUUUGUAAGGUAGUGUAGUAAUUAUACUGGCGUAGUAGCUCUAGGAAUAUAUAAAAACAGUCAUUUCUGCAGAUUCCAUGGGAAGCCAGUUUGAUUUUGUUUUUUACCUUCAAAACCGUUAAAAGCCAAGGUACUUCUGCCUCCGCGCAUUGAAGUGCCUUGUAGGGAAUUCUUCUGUUGGGUUAUGUCAUGUGCUGGAGGGAACCGCAGUAGUUCUCUUCCCAAGUGUGUCCCACACACUGCUCUCUCUCCAUACCGGACCCAGGGGCCAUGUUUUGUAAUAUGGGCCCUAAACAUGUACAUAAUUUUGUAGAUGAGACUUUUGCUUUUGUUCUGGAAAUUUCUUCAUAGAUGGCUUUUAAUUCUCUGCAUAGCUUAGUUUUUAGUUUUUAAAAAAUAAAUAAAACUUUCACAUUUCUGUAUAUAGCUCGAUACAUUGUAUUUCCACGAGAUAGAAAUAUUUCUAAAAAUACAUUUUAUAUUUAUUACCAUAAUUUCCUCCACCAUCCCUACCCUGCUGUACAUUAUCCACACACACAGAAGAGAAGAACUGAAGACAGUGUAUUGGUAGUAUGCAGCCCAGGGCAUAAAUAAUGUGCUCCUGGUAAGGUACUCUGGUUACCAGCAUUAGCAGUACUUUUCUGGCCAGCCUUUGAAGAGAAUAAAGAAUUAGGGAAAAUGUUUACUUUUUUUUUUUUUUUUUUUUUUUAGAAACAAGAUUUAAUUUUUUUUUUAUUUUUUAAUUUUGAGGAACAAGACUUAUUCCAUACUUUUUUGAUUACUAUUCUAAAUUGAGCUUAGUACAAAUGCAGCCACUUAGUGAGGGCAAGGUACGGGGGUGGGGGUAGGUAGAUAAUCGUAAAAUAAAAUGAAGUUGGAAGGUUGGAAGGAAAACUUGGAAAUCAAGUUUAUAGUUUGGAAGGAAAAAAAUAUGUUAAAAGUUUAGAUGUAUAGGAGCCAAAGGAUAUUCCUUAUCUCACAAUGAUUAAGGCUAUAAAGGAAUACAUUUCUGAUUUUUUAAUUAGUGUUUAGUAUUGAGAGACAUUAUAGCAUAGUGGUUAAGAACACAGAUUUCCAUACCAGACUGCCCACGUUUGAAAACCCACUGCAGUACCUACCAGCUGAAUAACCUUGGGUAAUUUCUGCCUUUAACUCAUCUGUAAGAUGGGUAUAAAUAAUAGUAUCUACUGCAUAGAGUUGUUGUGAGAAUUAAAUGAGACAAACGCACUGAGUUCCUAGCACAUAGUGAUGUUUAGUAUAAAUGUCAGCUAUUAUAGUACUACUGGGUAUUUUACCUUGAUUUGUCAUUCAGUUUGAUCAUGAGCACGAAU